UGAGACUUCCCUGCCUCCCAGGAGGCUGAGGAUGAAAUUGGUUCGUGACUGUGAGGCACUCAGGUUCUAUGGCCCUGGGAGUGUAUCUGCAGACAGCUCCCCUGCAAUGUACCUUCGCACACAAAAUGGGCUGGAUUAUGCCUCAUUUCUAAGGCACGCUGGCCGGUGUCACUGGCUGUGUUUGAAAUAGGCCUGCCCAGGCCUUCAGCAAACACACGGGCAGAGAAUCGAGCCUCAUCCUGUGUGGUUUGCAAGUGACUAAAUUUAAAUCUAAAACCCUCUGCCUGCCCCUCUCUGUCCUCCCCCGUGAGCAUGUGCAGGGCUGGCUCUUUAUCUGCAAAUCAGCAAGAGACUUUCCAGUGACACUGCUCUUCUGUUUCCCCGGCCACAGGAGCGUGGGGAGAUAGGUAUUAAUAGAUGAUAAUGAACGAAUGGAAUAAGUAUUUAUCCAACAUGGACAUUCCAGCACCGUCAUGGGAAUCGCUGCUGAGGGCUAUAAAAUACCAUGGCCAGCGAGGGGGAAGCCAGACCAUUCUCGGCAACCUCAACCUGCCAGAAUCUGCCUGCUGCUGGUGCCAGACCCGAGACAGCCCGCCUGGAAAUGAAGGUCACCUCCUUAGCCCUUGUAACACUGCUCCUUGUGGCUCUCUGGAUGGAAGCCCACUCGUUCAGCUUUGAUAGGAAACGCAACACAUGCUGUUAUGCAAGCAAUUUUGUCAAAAAACCAAUCUCCCCGCAACUGAUCCGGAGUGACAGACCCACAGGUCGGAGAUGCUCCCGUCAGGCCGUGAUCGUGAUGCUGCAGAGGGGGAAGGAAGUCUGUGUCGAUCCCAGCGCAGAAUGGUUCAAGACGUACAAAGAAAACCAGAAAAACUCCUUAAAGAAACUUGGUCUCUGGGUCUGAGACAGCAGCAGCUGGACACGAUCUCAGUUUCACACGCUACAUUAUUUAUAUGCACUGACGUACCAGUGUAUGGUUUAGCUGAUUUAUUUUUCUAGUCCUGUUAAUUUAUGUGAAAAA